AUGGCGAAGUUCAGGCUGGUGAGUAUCCGCAGUGUUAUGCAGAAAUACCUUGAGGAGAGGGGUGAAUUGACCUUCGACAAGAUCUUUCAUCAGAAAAUUGGAUUUUUGCUUUUUAAAGACUAUUGCAUGAACGAGAUCGAUGAAGCCGUCCCUCAGCUGAAGUUUUACGAAGAGAUAAAAGAAUACGAGAAACUGGAUUCUGAGGAUGAGCGCAUGACCCGAAGUCGGCAGAUUUAUGAUACGUACAUAAUGAAGGAGCUCCUCUCCUGUUCACACCCUUUUUCAAAACAAGCUGUAGAUCACGUACAGACACAUUUAGCCAAGAAACAAGUGCCCGCCAGCCUUUUUCAGCCAUAUAUAGAAGAAAUUUGUGAUAGCCUCCGAGGAAAAAUAUUUCAGAAAUUUAUGGAAAGUGACAAGUUUACUAGAUUCUGUCAAUGGAAAAACGUAGAACUAAAUAUUCAUCUGACCAUGAAUGAUUUUAGUGUACAUAGAAUAAUAGGAAGAGGGGGAUUUGGUGAAGUGUACGGCUGCAGAAAAGCAGACACUGGAAAAAUGUAUGCAAUGAAAUGUUUAGAUAAGAAGAGAAUCAAGAUGAAGCAAGGAGAAACAUUAGCCUUAAAUGAAAGAAUUAUGCUGUCUCUUGUCAGUACAGGAGACUGUCCUUUUAUAGUGUGUAUGACCUAUGCCUUCCACACCCCUGACAAACUCUGUUUCAUUCUGGACCUGAUGAAUGGAGGAGAUUUGCACUACCACCUCUCCCAGCACGGAGUGUUUUCUGAAAAAGAAAUGAGGUUUUAUGCUACUGAAAUCAUCCUGGGUUUAGAACACAUGCACAAUCGCUUUGUUGUAUACAGAGACCUAAAGCCUGCAAAUAUCUUGUUGGAUGAACACGGGCAUGUGAGGAUAUCAGACCUUGGGCUGGCUUGUGAUUUUUCCAAAAAGAAGCCACAUGCUAGUGUAGGUACCCAUGGAUACAUGGCUCCAGAGGUGCUCCAGAAGGGAACAGCAUACGAUAGCAGUGCAGACUGGUUCUCGUUAGGCUGCAUGCUUUUCAAACUUCUGAGAGGUCACAGUCCUUUCAGACAGCACAAAACCAAAGAUAAGCAUGAGAUCGACCGGAUGACACUCACCGUGAACGUGGAGCUACCAGAUUCAUUUUCUCCUGAACUGAAGUCCCUUUUGGAAGGGCUCCUGCAGCGGGAUGUUAGCAAGAGACUUGGAUGCCAAGGAAGAAGUGCACAAGAAGUAAAAGAACAUCCUUUCUUCAAAGGCAUUGAUUGGCAGCAAGUCUACUUACAGAAGUACCCUCCACCACUGAUUCCUCCCCGGGGAGAAGUAAAUGCAGCAGAUGCUUUUGAUAUUGGGUCGUUUGAUGAAGAGGACACUAAAGGCAUUAAGUUGCUUGACAGUGACCAGGAAUUAUAUAAGAACUUCCCUCUGGUAAUAUCGGAGCGUUGGCAGCAAGAAGUAGCAGAAACUGUUUAUGACGCAGUAAAUGCAGACACAGAUAAAAUUGAGGCCAGAAAAAGGGCUAAAAAUAAGCAGCUUGGCCACGAGGAAGAUUACGCGCUUGGGAAGGACUGCAUUAUGCAUGGAUACAUGCUGAAAUUGGGGAACCCGUUCUUGACUCAGUGGCAACGGCGUUACUUUUACCUCUUCCCAAACCGACUUGAAUGGCGAGGAGAAGGCGAGUCACGGCAAAACCUGCUGACGAUGGAACAAAUAGUAUCUGUUGAAGAAACGCAAAUUAAAGAUAAGAAGUGCAUCUUACUGAGAAUUAAAGGCGGAAAACAGUUUGUCCUACAGUGUGAGAGUGACCCAGAAUUUGUUCAGUGGAAAAAAGAGCUGACAGAAGCUUUCACUGAGGCACAGAGGUUGCUGCGUCGGGCUCCAAAGUUUCUCAAUAAAUCUCGCUCAACAGUUGUAGAGCUUUCAAAACCACCACUCAGCCACAGGAAUAGCAAUGGGCUGUAGGAGAAACAGAGAACAAAGUUCACUUAGGGACAGCUGCUUUGUGAACUUGUUGAGUUUCACAGAAUCCUUAUGAAUUACUUUGUGCAAUCCUGGACGCGGGAUAUGCUUAGAAGAGGAAGAAUUAGAUGUUUACAGCGUGGGAUAAUGUCAGAACUCUGUCUCUGGAGGUUGUAAAGACUGGAACAAUGGCAAGUGAAUUCAUGCUCCCGGCAGCGGUGGAAAUCACCGAGCGUAGAGGCUGGAUGUUGCUCCCAUGCAUUCCUUCACCCUGGCGGUGUCUAAAACGUGGUCCGUUACUCUAGAACUACUGAUGGAAGGAAGAUCCUGUUUUCUCUGCAAUACCCUUGUUUGGUGCGUACCGAGCCGGGAGGCUGAACCGGUUACUGCUGGCUGGGAUGACACUUCGUGUGCGAUACCGACAAACCCCUCAACUGUGGAAGGAGCUGCAGACUUGCCAUGUUGGAUAACCUUUAAUCUGUCGUGUUGCCAUGUUCUUUCCGACCAUUACUGCUGACUUUAUAAUACCCUUUCUCCAUACUGCUGAUGAUCAACAGUGUGACUCUUAUGCACUUCAAAGUACUGAAUUCUAACUGUCCUGUGGUUUAAAUGUUAUUGCUACUUCAUGGAAACAUUGAACUCAAAUUAUUCACUUGGUUUGUUGUACUCACUAAUAGUAGCUACCACCGGUUUGCUUCUUCUACGUAUAUGCAGUACUAUAACUGACACAAUAGAGUAAUAAUUGGUGAAGAGGAAUUUAUGGUAGCUUCAUCUAGUGCUCUGUUGUACAAAUUGACUAUUUUAGCACAGUUUUUAAAGAGCAGAUUCCUUUUGACAAGUUUACAGUGAACAUAAAGACAGUUCUUUUCCAUUUCAGGUCAACUGCACUUUUUAAAAAUUAAAAA